AUUUAUGUCAUUUUCACAAACUCACAAAUUCUGAGAAAAUGAUAAACCCUAUUGGAAUUAGGUCUACUGACGUGAGCAGCUGAUCAUCAAGUGACAUAUAAAUAUAGAUGGAUUUAUUGUAGGUUAUGCAAUUUGUUUUUGGACAAAGAUUUCUGAACGUAUCUAGAAGUUUGUUUGCAAACAGAUAGUGAAAAGAUAAACGCAAACCGAUAUGUUCUUAAAUCGAUUUAUCCCUUAUUUAGAACGCAGAACUCAUCUACUGAAAAUUCAAACUCGUAAUGCAGUGUACACGAAACACGGGAAAAUACAAAAUGAGCCCUAUAGGGCAUCUAUGGGCGUCUUGAAGGUUCUGGUUACUGUAGUUUCUGGAUUAUUGAUUGGUGCUGCAAUAAGCAAGAAUAUUGCUAAUUUUCUUGAGGAAAAUGAUCUGUUUGUACCAUCUGAUGAUGACGAUGAUGAUGAUUAA